AUUUGGUUAUUCUUGCAAAAAGCUUUUUAUCUAUGAUGUCAGGAAUAUCGAUAGUGAAGACAUUAAUACCAUAGAUAAAGAAUAUGGUUACUUAUAAAAAGACCACAUAUAGCGCGACUUCUGGAUGGACUGUUUCAUUUAACUAGUGACAAUGAAAGUUCUCGCUGUGGCUCUGCUCUUAUCUGUUGGAGUAUAUUCCAUUCCACUGGAUUUUCCACCAAGACCACCAAUCGUAGUUAGCCCACGAGAAGUUCAACAAGAACCCGAAUGGGCUCUAGUUCCCGAUGCAGAGGGCAAUUUUCACCUUGUAGACGUAAAGGCUGAAGCUGCUGCUGAACCUGACACGUUUUUUGAAGCUGAACGGGACGUUGUUUUUCGUUUAUUUACACACACGGUUCACAAUCGCGUUGUCCAGUUGGAUAACCCAGGCUCUUUGACUGGAUCCAGUUUCAAUCCUGGCCAUCCAACCCGCUUUGUUAUUCACGGCUGGAACGGCGAUGGUAAUUCAGGGAUCAACAAUGCUAUACGAACUGCAUACCUCGCUCGAGGGAACUUCAAUGUCUUUGUGGUAGAUUGGGGUCUUGGAGCAAAUGCUAACUAUGUAACAUCUCGCAAUAGAGUGGGUGCAGUUGGCGCAGCUUUGGCACGAUUUAUUAUAUUCCUACAUCAGCAAACAGGAAUGAGUUUUGGCAGUGUGACUGUGGUAGGACAUAGUUUAGGUGCCCAUAUAGCUGGCCUCGCGGGAAAGAAUACGCAAGGAACUGGAAGAUUAGGAGUGAUAGUGGGAUUAGAUGCAGCAUUACCACUUUUCUCUGUUGAUCAACCAGCCCAAAGACUUCACAAUUCAGAUGCUGACUAUGUCGAGUCAAUUCACACUAAUGCUGGACUUCUAGGUUUCGAUCAACCUCUCGGAGAUGCGAGUUUUUAUCCUAACUUUGGAAGAAGUCAACCUGGAUGUGGAAUUGACAUUGCCGGAAAUUGUGCACACAGUAGAGCUCAUCAGUUUUUUGCUGAGUCCAUUACGUCUGAUCGUGGUUUCUGGGCGCGCCAGUGUCGUAAUUACAAUGACAUCCUCCAAGAAAACUGCGUAGCCGCCGGUAUAGAUCAACUGAUGGGCGGCGAACCUUCCAACACUAAUGCCCGAGGUGUCUUUUGGCUUCGCACUAAUAGCAACAGUCCUUUUGCUGUUGGUCAGGUUUGAGGGGGCCUUAUCGCGAGGAUCUGGCGAUCCAUGUGGGGAUUUACACAAUUCUUUGGUCAGAUUCUUGCGAAUGGACUAAGUUUUCUUGAGAGAAUUUGGAAUAGGUUUUUCUAAACAGAAACUAUGCGCCCAACAAGCAAUAAAAAAAAAUAAAGAAAUAUGCAGAAAUCCCACAUGGAUUUAAGAAAAACCAUCAGAUAUUUAAAGGAUACACCAUUAAUUCCCCGUAAUUUCUUUUUUAAUAUAUUUUUUGGAUAAUAAUUCAAAAAAAAAAUUAAUCUUGAUAAAUCUUCUUUGUAAUCCAAGAGUUUUAAUAGCAGAAGCAUGUUUUUAUUACAGUCAAAUAAAAUCAAUUUCUUUUUUCUUGCAA